AUGGGUUGUUGUGGGGGAAAGAGAGAGAAGGAAUUCUUCCUUAAGAACGACGUAAAGUGGGAAUAUAUUAACCUCAAUGACUUUAAGUCGUCGUCAUGUUUUACCGCGAUCGCCUAUGGUUAUCUGUGGAUUAUGCUCUUCGUUUCAAUUUCGGUUUAUGCUGUCGACACCUUCACCGCAAUCAACUUGCUAGCCUUCAACAAAUGGGCUGGUCAAAUCGAACCUGAAGUCCCACUAAAAUACUCGAGAUGGGUGUUCUCUGGCUGCAUUAUUCUCUCUUUUGUGCUACUGAUUUAUCGCUGGUUAAGAGCACUCAAGGUCAUGCGAGGAGGAAAGGUCGCAAAAGCAUACCUCGAUCCACUAGCUGUUCGAGUCGAGUGUAUUAGGAUGGGUUCUGAAGGUCGAGGCUGGAAGAGGUUUUUGGUCUUCGCAGAACUAACGAAGAGUCGGAAAGGUGCUGAUUACGUGGCACUAUUCGUAUACUACUCAUUCGAAGCCUGGUUGCGUAUUGUCUUCGCCGAAGGACCACGAGUCGUUAUCAACGGAAUCACCCUAUACGCUUAUGCUAACGCCAAUAUCGUACCAAAAGGCGAUCACAGUGCACCACCAGGAGAAUCUCCGUUCGUGCAAUUCUGGAAGAACUUUGGUGUGCUAGCUGAGGAGGACAAACUACAAGUCGCGAUCAUUUGCGGUAUGAUUUGGACAUGUCUGAUAUGGCUCAUCUCAGCCAUAAGCUUGGGUGUGUCAGUCAUUCUGUAUUUGUUGUUCUUGUGGCAUCACAUUCCCAGUGAUGCCGGCGGUCUUACUGGAUACUGUCGCAUGAAGAUUAAUCGACGAAUGGAAAGGAUAGUAAAGACCAAAACGGACAAGGCCUUGCAAAAAGAGAACGAACUUCGUGCCAGGCAAGAAGCAAAAGCGGCUCGUGAUGGAUCAGGUGGCUUUAAACGACAGCCUACGCUGCCAAACGUUGGUCCAGCAGAUACACCCUCCAUGCCACCACUAUCCAGGCAGUCAACAAUGACAACUCUGCCAGAAUAUAGCUCGAGACCAGGUACAGCAGCACCUAGCGAAGACAUGUUGCCACCAAUGCCGACAUUACCGCAAAUACCCACACUACCACGAAUUGACACGAAUCCUCGACCAGCACCACGUCGGAAUCUCACUGCCUCUUCUGACGCAUCCUGGUCAAGCUACAAGUCUGAUGCUCCAUUGAUGAGUUCAGCUAGUGAUAUGGGUUAUUCCCCCGCUGAUCGUGCUCAUACCCCAAGUUCGAACAUGGCAGCACCGUGGUCGGUUAGGCCUGGUCAAGCCAGAAAUACCUCUGACAUGCCAACCUAUUCUGAUCGUGCUUACACGCCUGGACCAUUACGACCUGGCACUUCUCAAAGUUAUAGGGGGGCAGCAGGCAGUUAUCAGAUGGAGUCAAUACCAAGACCAGGUACAGGCAUGAGUCAAAGAUCACGACCGACACGCAUGUCAAGUGACUCGGAUACACUUCCACUAGCGCCAAUUCGAGGAAUGACACCUGUAUCAGCACAUCCUCAAUCAGCCGCAUCGCAGUACCCACCAAUGUUGCCUGAUUCACAACGGACACGUACACCUGCCUCGAACUCCAAUCCUUAUCUGCCGCCGGUGUCCUCAAUACCAGAAAUGGGUGGCAGAGAAUCCUCAGCUUUCAGCUUAGGAGCUCCAUCUAGAACUUAUACACCAAGUGGACCACCAUCUCGAGCAAUGACUCCAGGUCAUGCACUUCCUUUACCACGUUCGCAGAUGACAACCCCAAUGCCUCAGUCGGGACCGCCUGGUGGCUAUGUGGCGUUCAACCCAAAUAUGGGCAGGACACAAUCUCCAGCUGCACAAGCACUGUACAGAAGUUUCACUCAACCAGAGCCAAAUCGAAGUGACUUACCUUUCUCGGCGUACUCGAACAUGCAUCCGGAAGAGCAGAACAGAGGCUUCAGCCAGCCUUCGACACACCAAUCAAGUGCACAGACAUUCGGUCCACUGAAUGGUAGUCGGCUUCAACCUCAUGGGACAGCGCCCCAAAGAGGAGGAAGCUUUGACGAUAUACUAGACCAUUAUUGA